CCAAAACACAGAGAAAUAUCUGGAAGACCAACCGAAGGGAGGGCCCCAACCGCUCCAUCCACUCCCCACAUGUCAUCAUCAUCUUCUUCAUAGAUAAGUUCUGAGCUCCACUCAGAUUGCGUGUCAACAUUCUUCUUUUUCAAUUCUCCAUCCUCCAAGUCCCAAGAACAAGGAAAAGUCCCCCCCCCCUUCUUCGGAUCCAUUCAAUUUCUCGAACGAUCGAGAUCAAGAAAGCGGGAAAAAAUGGAUCUUGAUGAGUGGGAAGUCUUGCCGGAAGAUGGGGUUCUUCUCGUCGGUGAUGGCGAUGGUGGGAAGAGACUGUUUUCAGGAAACACCCUCGGCGGCGCUGGCGGGGGAGACAGUGUGUUUGAUAUGAACUACUUCGUCUGCCCUCCGCCGGGACAUUCCUCCGGCCAAUUUGUCGAAAUUACAAGCAGAGAAACGGAAGGGGCUCUGCCACCUCCGGUUCAAGUUCAGGUCGCCGCCGGCGACCAUCAGAACAGGGACACGGCGAGCCCCUUGCCCCUUUCGGUUCCAGCUCAGGUCGAAGCCGGGAACCGCGGAGCAGAAACGGGUAAAGAGCCGGAAAGAGCGUCGCAGGUUUUCUUCAAGAAAAAGAAGGAAUCUGAGUUCCCGUCGGCGGACAUGAAAUUGGACCAUCCCAAGUCAGGCAAUAGCGCCGUCGUGCCGCAGAUCGACCUCGGGGAGCUUUACAAAGCGGAUCAGGGUGAGGACGCCGACAGUUGUUCAUCGCCGGCAGGACAGGCGGAGGAUUACCGCGGCAGGGGUACCGAGGGUGGCGAUCGAGAAACGGGCGGCCGGAAUGUGUGGAACUGGGGGAUGGCCGGGAUCGGAGCAAUUUUUGGGUUUGGGGUAGUGGCGGUGGUGUCAACCGUGUGCAUUCUCUUCAUCGGAAGACGGGAGGAGCACCACCGGCAGAUUCACAAGCUCCGGUUUGAUAUCUGUGGAGAUGAGAAGAGGAUGAAGCAGAUGGUAAGGGAUGCAGGGAAGAUGAAUGGGGCUGCAAUUACAGGAGCUCACCUCACAUUUGGAGGCCAUCAUGAAGCACUUCACUCCAUGCAUUAAGAACUACUCUUGUUCUUUUUGACACUAUAAUUGUACCCCUCUUGAUCCAGCCUGCGAACCUAACUCUCGCUUUCAGCCUGCAAAUCCCGAAAGAUUUGGAGAGAGUUGGGUUUGUAAGGUAGAUUAAGAAGGGCAGGACCAAUACUUCAGACCGAAUAGAGCAUCGUAUCAUCCCAAAAUGGUUCGACAUCAUUUUAUGACAUGAAUAUCAAAAGAACCCACCCUAUUGUUACAAUACCUCUCAUGUCUCCUGUUAUGUGUACAUAAUAAACCCUAGGUUAUACUUUUUCAUUUCAAGAAUGUGUUUAUAUGCAAGACUUAUAUUGUAAGGUUGAUAUAAAAGCUCUAAGGUUGA